AUGGAGUUCCGGAAUCGAAUCUCCGGCGGCCGCUCCUCCGGGAGUCGCCUGGGAUCGCAGGUUCACGGUUUGCUUGCCAAGAGUUGGGAGGCGAUGAUAGGCAAUAGAGACAAGUUGAAGGAAUUCUACAUUCCGAAUUAUGUACUUGUGGGCGGGGCAAUGCCGAAGAUCAAGUUUGCGCCGUCGUGUCCGGUGAUAGUGUUUGUUAAUGCCAAGAGUGGUGGUCAGCUUGGUGGUGAACUGCUUCUUACAUAUAGAUCCCUUCUCAAUGAGAAUCAGGUGUUUGACUUGGGGGAAAAGGCACCUGACAAGGUGCUUCACAAGCUCUAUAUUACUUUGGAAACGCUCAAGUUUGCCGGAGAUGCUUUGGCUGCUGAUAUCGAGAAGAGAUUGAGAAUAAUUGUUGCAGGUGGAGAUGGUACAGCUGGUUGGCUCCUCAGUGUAGUGUCUGAUCUUAAACUACCUAACCCGCCUCCAAUUGCCACAGUGCCAUUGGGAACUGGAAAUAAUCUCCAUUUCGCGUUUGGAUGGGGAAAGAAAAAUCCUGGGACAGACCGACAAUCUGUGCAGUAUUUCUUGGACCAAGUGAAGACAGCAAAGGAAAUGCAAAUUGACAGCUGGUACAUCCUUAUGAGAAUGAAGACUCCAAAGAAAUGUGACCCAACCGCACCUCUGGAACUUCCCCAUUCUUUGCAUGCAUUUCAACAGGAGGGCUUCCAGACAUUUCGUGGGGGAUUUUGGAACUACUUUAGCGUGGGAAUGGAUGCUCAAAUAUCAUAUGAUUUUCAUGCACAGAGGAAGCUGCACGCUGAAAAGUUUAAGAACCAGUUAGUUAAUCAAAGUACUUACUUGAAGCUUGGAUGUACUCAAGGAUGGUUUUGUGCUCCUAUAAUGCAUCCUUCUUCAAGAAAUGUAGCACAUCUGACAAAGAUUAUGAUCAUGAAAAGACAAGGUCAUUGGGAGGAGCUCCACAUACCUCCCAGCAUUAGGUCUAUUGUUUGUCUCAAUUUACCCAGCUUUUCUGGUGGUUUGGAUCCAUGGGGGAAGCCAAACAGAAAGAAAGUGCAAUAUCGGGAUUUAACUCCACCAUAUGUGGAUGAUGGCCUACUGGAGAUUGUUGGUUUUAGAGAUGCCUGGCAUGGGCUUGUGUUACUAGCUCCUAAGGGACAUGGGACUCGUCUUGCACAAGCGCACGGAAUUCGUUUUGAGUUUUGCAAGGGCGCGGUUGACCAUACAUUCAUGAGAAUCGAUGGGGAACCAUGGAAACAACCUCUUCCAGCUGACGAUGACUCGGUGGUUGUAGAAAUUUCUCACUUUGGCCAAGUAAGCAUGCUUGCCACGCCAUUGAAACGAUCCAAAAGUGUAUCUGACCCUGAGUCACCAGUUAGUUCUCAUGAAGAAGAUGAGGAUAGUAGUAAUGAGGAAGAAUAUUUGGAAGACUCCGGUGAGAGAAGGAAGUUUGGUGCAUCUGACACAUUUAAAAUCCCGGAUGGGAUUCACAUUGCUCGUCACAAUUCAGCCUCAUACUAAGCACUCGCUAUCUGUGUAUAGGCCUCAGUUUGAUAUAUCACCAUCUAGACAGUCUGUACAGAGUAGAUUUUCUUUUCAUUGAGUAGAGAUAGAGAUUCCUUAUUUUGUGAUCGCAGAUGCGCAAAACCUAGGUUGGCUUUGUUCAUAGGUCUGUACUCGAUUCCAUUGUUAUCUGCAAUGUAGAUAUCAUCUCCUUGCUUGUUCAGCAAACCUCCUGUAGCUUUUAGCAAUAGAAAGAGAGCUCUUAAAUGCUCAGUUUCGGAUUCAAGCUAUUUGUUAUACUUUUGUUUUACUUCAAACUAAGCUUAACCAGAU